AUGGGGAAGACGAAGAGCAGGGCGGUGUGGAAGCUUUGGCGGUUGCGGCUGAAAACAUUCAUUCUUGCUUUGGCUGUCAGGCUGUCGUCCUCAAGAACUGCACAGCUGGACUUGCAGACCCAGAGUGCUGGUGGGCGUCUGACAAGCCCAACCCUGACACUGGCAGACUUCAAGAAAGGGUCCACGGCUUGUUACGACCGAGGAGCGGAACAAACCUGGGCAGUUGUUGACUCGCACCUUCACGCCCGACCAUUUGGGGGUCCACCAGUGCCGUUUGCGGAUUUGCUGGGCAGGCUGAGGAGGGCCGGCAUCCUCUUUACGACGUUGUAUGGCAUUGGCCAACGCCUGCCGAUUGAUUCUACAUGCACUUACUACUUGGACUGCCCUGGUGAGAAGAUAACACCAAGCUUGAAGAAUGAUUUCUUCAAUGCACAAAGUGUCCUAGACAACAGCCAGGCGUUGGCUGAGAGCCCAGUUGGCCCGAUGAUUACACUCUCUAUGUCCUUCCUCAACCUCCACAAGGCGGAGGAAAUUCUUGACAAGAUGAAGUUGCUCCAAGCGGAGUUUCCCAAAAUGUUUAAGUGGGUCGGCGAGAUCAACUUGGUAAAGCAAGCGCUAUGGAAGAACGAGCAGGGCCUCCCCGUGAGCCUGGAGUCGAUUAAGACGUGGGGGCCCUUCAUGGCGGAGCUCCGGAAACAGGACAUCCCCUUGGCCUUGCAUGCUGACCUUGGGGAUGACCGGGAUGGCAAGAAGUUCUUGCCCCUGAUGGAUGAGGUCCUGAAGCUGUAUCCAGAGAACAAGCUCAUCUGGAUGCAUCUCGGUGGGCUUUCGAAGCAGUUGGAUCCCAAGCUGUCUGCUUCACUCCUGCAGAAGCCUACGUCCAUUGAGGAGCAUGUGGAGCUCAUCAAGCAAAGGCUGCAGAAGAAUCCCAAACUCAUGAUCGACCUCUCUUGGGACAUUCUUUAUGACAAUAUCUAUUCUUCCCCGGCUGAAGAGAAGCCCUACAUCAAGCUCAUUAAUGACUUCCCGACGCGAUUCUUGAGUGGCUCGGACCAUGUGGCAUCAGUCGUCAAGACAGAGGAUGCGUACAGACACGAAAUCAAUAAAACCAGCGAAAUCUACCGGCAUUUGAGUGAUGAUGCCUUUCGCCGCAUUGCACUUGGCCAAAAUUUUUUCGAAGUGGCAGGACUGGAUUUCACUGCCCCGGGCAUUUGCGAGGCUGCGCCUCCGACAAAGCAGCCACAUGCCCAGAAGCUGGCCCAGGUUCGGCCUCCGGCAAAGCCAAAAUCCGAGAAACAGGCAGAGGCCAUUGAGCAGGCGGCUCCUUCCCCGAAGAAGCCUUCUGCAAAGACGCCGAAGGCUGGAAAGCAGGUUGAAGAUGCGGCAUCAGCGGCACCAGCGGCACCAGCAUUCAUACAGAACACCCCACCCCUCUCCCUGGCGGAUUUUGCGGCGGACUCUUCGACCUGCUAUGAUCGCAUUGCAUUCGACCAGUGGCCAGUGGUUGAUGCACAUCUCCAUGCACGGCCUUUUGGAGGUCCUCCUGUGCCAUUCGACCAGUUGAUUGAGAGGCUGCGGCGUGCGGGCAUCCUCUUUGCUAAUCUCUACGGGAUCGGCCAGCGCCUCCCAAUCGACUCCAACUGUACCUACUACCUCGACUGCCCGGGAACCCCCAUUCGACCGAGCUUGAAGAAUGAUUUCUUCAACGCCCAGAGCAUCCUGGACAACGAUGAAACUCUCUCGACGAGCCCGGUUGGGCCAGUGCUCACACCAUCCAUGUCUUUUUUCGAUCUGCAUGCGAGUCCCAAAGACAAUGUCAAGAAGAUGAAACUAUUGCAGCAGGAGUUCCCAGGCAUGUUCAAGUGGGUUGGAGAGAUCAAUGUCGUCAAGCAGGCGCUCUGGAAGAACGACCAAGGUUUGCCGGUCAACAUCAGCUCGAUCAAAACCUGGUCGCCCUUCAUGGCUGAGUUGCGCAAGCAAGACAUCCCCAUUGCGCUGCACAGUGACUUGGGGGAUCAGUCGAAUGGGGAGAAGUUCCUGAGCCUUAUGGAUGAGAUACUCAAGCGGUACCCCAAGAAUAAGAUUGUAUGGGUCCACAUGGCGGGACUUUCAAAACAACUUGAUCCCAAACUUGCGUUGGUUCAGUUACCCUUGGUGGCACCCCUCACAAUUCAGAGCCACGUGAAGCUCAUUAAAGAGCGCUUGGACAAGCAUCCAAACCUGUUCAUCGACUUGUCUUGGGACGUGCUGUAUGAUGAGAUUUACGACAACAGCGCCGAGGAGCGUCGGUAUGUUGACCUGCUGAAUGCCUACCCCACAAGGCCUGAGCACAGGUGA